AUGCCAGAAUUCUUUACAAAAACGCACUACGCCAACCCGCAAGACUCUUCAAACACCGUCUUCCAGUACGCGCACCAGUGGAAAGGCGAUUUAUGGUCCUACUACCAAGCCCACCCCAAACAGCAAGAACAGUUCAACGUCAUCCAGCAGACAAUCUCUGGGCUCCAUCCUUCGUGGAUACAGAUAUUCCCCGCUGAGAGAUUGAUAGAAGGAGACGAUGCCCAGGUGCCGUUGCUUGUGGACAUUGGCGGGAGCACCGGGCAUGAUGUUCUCAAGUUCCACUCCAUCUACCCAGAGACAGCUUCCCGCUUGUAUCUCGAGGAUCUAGGGUCCGUGGUAGAGCAGGCUAUUUUGCCGGAAGGGCUACACAAAGUUCCGUACGAUUUCUUCACAGCACAGCCGAUAAAAGGCGCGAAAGCGUAUCUGCUACACUCCAUCCUCCACGACUGGUCCGACGCCCCAGCCCGCAAGAUCUUAGAAAUGCAAAAGGACGCAAUGACGCCCGGUUUCAGCAGGUUACUCGUCCACGACAACAUCGUAGAGACGGCUCUAGCACAUCCGCAGACAACCGCCUUCGAUAUCCAGAUGAUGGCAAUGGUCGCCGGGCAAGAGCGGACGGAGGAACAGUGGAAGGAGCUUAUCACGUCGGCUGGGCUACGUGUCGUUAAGAUUUGGAAGUUGAAGUCUGCUGUGCAUAGCGUUAUUGAAGUUUCGAGGUAG